AUGACCUACAAAACCAACUACGAACCAUACACCACCCGUCCCUUGGAUACAAACAUGAGCAUCAACACGAGCUUCGACACAGACUCCGAAAUGGAACGCACCUCCGAAGAAAUCCUCUACCCACUGGGCUCUCUCUACCCUCACGUCGUCGCCCUCCAACUCCAAGCCGACGAGAACCCCUGGUCCCGAUCCAAGAUCUACGCGGGCUACCACGAUUCCAACUACUGGUCGGACAUAUCAGUGCCGAACUCCCCUUCAUCGGAACAUUUUAACAAACCUAGCGACUCCACAGCUGGCCGGUUCGUUUCCAGAAUUCGACGAUUCCUCAGCCGCGACGAUCUGAAACGACGCCAGCGGUCUUGA